AUGAAAUCAUUCAAAUUUACAUUUGUUGAUCAGAGACGGGAUCAUAUUGACCAAUCAACAAGUUCCUCCCAUAUCUCUUCCUUCCUUUCCCGCCAAAUUUUUCUCUCCCUUUCCUCUAAACACCCCCCUCUCUCUCUCUCUCUGCCACUCCUCUCUCUGUUACCUCUCUCUCUCUCUGUUACCUCUCUCUCUGUGACCACCCUCUCUCUCUCUCUCUCUCUCCCACCCUCUCUCUCUGUGACCCACCCUCUCUCUCUCUCUCUCUCCCCAAUUUUCUUCCUUUCUCUAAAGCACUGCAUUCUCCUCUCUGUUUCCUUCACAAUACCUCACUUAGCCCCCCCCCCUCUUUUCUCUCUUGAUUACUCUCCUCCCUCUCUCUCUCCUCCCUCUCUCUCUCCCUCCUCUCUCUCUCCCCUCCCUCUCUCUCCCUCCCCUCUCUCUCCUCCCUCUCCCUCCCCUCCUCUCUCCCUCCCUCUCUCUCCCUCCCUCUCUCCCCUCCUCUCUCCCUCCUCUCUCCCUCCCUCUCCUCUCCUCUCUCCCUCCCUCCCCUCUCUCUCCUCUCUCUCUCCCUCCCUCUCUCCUCUCUCUCUCCCUCCCCUCUCUCUCCUCUCUCUCUCCCUCUCUCUCUCCCUCCCUCUCUCUCUUUUUUUUUUUAAGUUGACCACUUUAUAA